ACUUUCCUUUUCUUUUCUAGGGUUUAAUACAUAAUCUUCAGAAGAUUACGAUGCUUUUGAUGGGGUUUUCUUCACUCUCUCUCUCUUGAUUCUGUCAGAUUGGUAGUUGCUUCUCGUGAGAGAAAAGGAAAAAGCUUUUUGGAUUGGUGACGAGACGUACGGCGGUUUCUGUGAAGUUGUUUUCCGAAUUGGUGCUUUUGGGGGUACGAUUUUUGCAGAAGAUUCCUCUCUUCUUUCGUGUCAAAUUUGCAUCUGUCUUUUGGAAUUAUCAUUUUAUCCACGGCAUUGCUUCACAGAUUAGAUAAUGGAAUCAAUUAUUGGUGACGUCUGUUCAAAUCGACAUGUAUCCAUGGAAAAUGGUCGAGGUUUCUGAAGAAAUUGUGGUCUGAUUUUGGGGGGAAAAGGGGUUUUUUACUUGUGAAUCUGGUGUGGGUUUUUUUUGGGGAAGAAGAUGAUGAAUGAGACUGCGAGCUUAAAUGGGUCGUCGUCUUUAGCGAUUUCAGAUAAAAGACCUCGAAAAACUGGUGGGUGUGUUGGUAUUUUCUUUCAACUUUUCGAUUGGAAUCGAAGGUUUGCGAAGAAGAAGCUUUUCUCCAAAAGAUUGCUUCCACCAGAUCGUGCAAAAGAAGCUUCAAAGAAGUUUGGAGGUGAUGAAAAGCUUCCAAAACUAAGACUGAUUGCCGAUGAAAACAGUGGUGGGUUUCCAAAUAUCAACAAAAAUGGCGGUUCUAGUGGUAAUAGUAAUGUAGGAAAGAAUGGAGUUCAAACUCCAAGUUUGGUCGCUAGAUUGAUGGGGUUAGAAUCUAUGCCAUCUGUUCACCGGGAAAAGCUUCAGAAGGACUUUUCCGGCGAGUUUAGAGGUGGGAGAAGGGAGAAAGUUGUGGGUAACGAUGACGAUUUUGAAAAAGAAACGUCGAAACAAGAUUUUCGGCCUCAAAAACUUCAGAAAACUGGAAUGGUUGAGAGAAGAAGUGUAACUAGAUUCGGAGCCGAAGCAUUGCAAUUGAAAAACGUUCUAUCUCGAUCUAGAAAACAUCAUCAUCAUCAUCAUCAUCAUCCGAAACUUGCUUCCCCGGUAAAGAACACUAGUCAUCAUGCUAGAAGGAAUUCAUCGCGGUUAAUCGGUGCUGCUACUAGAAUUCUCGAACCACAGUCUAGAAAUCGGGUUAAACACGCGAUUACAUACCCUCAUAGUGAACGGAUUCCGCUGGGAAACGAGCUCGGUUCCGAGUCUAUGAAGGGUCAAAAUCUUGAUCUGUUAAACGGACAAACGUCUUGCAAAAACUGUGGUAAUUUGGUCGAUGUUUCAGAAUCCACAUCAAAGAGGGAAGUCCGUGCUUCCAUCCUUGAUUCUAUCGAGCUUUCUUCUCAAGUUUCACCGAACUGUAACUCAAGAUUCAAUCAGGAAAAAGAGUUCUCCACCAAUAUUGAUCGUGGGCGUCAACCACAUCCUCAAAAUCUUGCAUUUCCAGCUUAUUUUAAGGAGAAUUCGCGAAGGACGGCUGAUGUUUCUUUAUCUGGAGACGGGGGUACAUUUUCGUCUCAGUCUAGAUCAAAUUGUUUGCGAUCGGCUACAGUUUCAGUUAGUGAUACCAAAGAUUUUGUUGCACUAAAUCGUAGUUUAAGUGGUCGAACACGUUCAAGAACGCCAUCUAAAGUGGAGGAUACAAAGUUUGAUAAAAGGGGUAAGUUCGAAAAUGGGCAGAAACGGCCGAUAAACCAUAUCAGAAUACAAUCUGAAAGUUGUGGGAUGAUCGGUUCUUCCAGUAACCGGCCAAGAACGGUUAGUAACACCGAAUCUACUGGCGGUGGUGGCAACAAGAACUGUGACGGGAUGGCUUUUAGGUUUAAUUCAUCAAUGAAUAAGAGGUGUGAAAUCCCUACGAAACUAGAAAGAAGAAGGAUCCAGAAUGGUUCAUCGUAUAAAACUACUCCACGAAAGAAAUCUACUUCGAAUCAGAUCGAUGAAAAGAUCUGUUUGCAGAAACCAUAUCCGUUAACGGGAGAUUCUUUGGGUGCGAUUCUUGAAGAAAAACUGAAGGAAUUGGCGAAUCAAGUAGGGUACGAAUCGAAGAGGUCAUCAGCUAAUAUCUUUCAAGAACUAAUAUGUGCCUUAAAGGAGAGACCGAUUCCUCAAAACAAUUCGGAAUUUAGUUCUCGAGGGAACCAUCUUUCCCGCCAUCAAAACCAUCGACAUGAUCAGAACACGAGCUUCGGUUUGCAGGCAAAAUCAGAAAAAACAGGAGGAUUAAUUGGGUAUAAAAGUAUUGAUCAUCUUAGCCCAGGAUCUGUUCUUGAAGCCUCUUUUUCAAAUGACAGUUGCUGCUCCAGCAGUUUGGAAGAUAGCUCAGUACGCACACAGCACGCGGACUCUUUGGGUUAUUCAUAUGAUGAAUCACGAUUUCUAGAUUUGGAAACCGACCCUUUUCUCUAUGCUGGCGUUAAAGAGGACGACCUCUACGAUUUAGUAGCUGAUCUUCUCACCUAUAUAGUGGAAGUAUUGUCCAAUAUUCUUGAUGCCGGAGUAAAAGGGAACAAACGUGCCCAUAUAACGGAGACCAUCUUCAACGCUGAGCUAGUUCUCGGCAACCAAAUGGCUCAAAAACCGAAUGAAACCAAUUCUUUCUUGGUGUGCCGCCUUCUUCUUGAACUUGAAACCGUUGCAGAGGUGAUGUGGAUGAAAUUUGGCGACUUUCUUGGAUCCGAGAACCCAAAGGCGGGAUAUCAAAUGAAACUCGUUGCUUUUGACUGUUUAAUUGAAUAUUUGGACUUGAAAUAUGGGAAAUACUCGAAAUGCGGAUUUAGAGUGUGGACGACGGUUCCUCCAUUCAUGGGUCCGGAGAUUCUGGUUCAUGAAGUUGUGGAGGAGGUCAGAAGGUGGAUGGGUUUUGUGGGUCGGAGGUCGGAUGAGCUGGUGGAGGUAGAUAUGAGCCAUUGGUUAGGAAAAUGGACGGAUUUUGAGAUCGAAGGUUAUGAGAUUGGUGCUAGGAUCGAAGGGGAUGUACUCGAAAUGUUGGUCGAUGAAAUUGUUGUCGAUCUUUGUUGUUGUUGUUCAGGUGUGAAAUGAUUGUUUCGAUUCGAUGAUUCGAUGGAGAUUGCGGUUAGAUUUAGUUUUUGUACAAAUUGAAUUGAUGGAUGUUAAAAGAAGGAAGAUCUGUUUUUAUAAUUUGUACUGCAAUUUGUUUUGGUGCAAACUUGUGUAAUGUUGUAAUCAAAUGCUGCCAAGUUUGAGAAAAAGUGGUUAAUUUUGGAGUAGGGAAAAA